GUCACAUCUUCUCACAGAUCGUAGGUACUCGUGAGUACAAAAUGACAUUUUGAUUAUUUUUAACGUAAAUAUGUUUCUAUUAAAUAUUUUGGAAAUAAACAUGUAAAAAAUCAAGAACAUAACAACAAUUCAAAAUUUUUCGUGAAAUUUAUUCAAAUUCAUGGCAAAAGAAGUUAUUCAUAUCCACAUCGGACAAGCGGGUGUGCAAGUUGCUAAUGCAUGUUGGGAAUUGUAUUGCCUGGAACAUGGUAUACGUCCAGAUGGCAUCUUGGCCUUUAAUAACCAUGAUGACACCAGCCAUGGCACAUUCUUUAAUGGUACUGGUGCCGGGAAGGUGAUACCAAGAGUUGUCAUGAUAGAUUUGGAGCCCACACCAAUAGAUGAAAUACGAACAGGAACUUAUCGCGAACUGUUUCAUCCAAAUUCAUUAUUAACUGGCAAAGAAGAUGCUGCAAGUAACUUUGCUCGUGGAUAUUUCGGCGUUGGUCGAGAGAUGAUUGAUUUGGCUCUCAAUAGAAUUAGGGUGACAGCUGAGCAAUGCACUCAUCUCCAAGGAUUUAUUAUCUUCAGAUCCUUUGGAGGCGGGACUGGUUCUGGGUUUACUGCACUUCUAUUAGAAGGACUCACCAAAGAUUAUGGAAAGUUGUCCAAAAUAGAAUUCGCAAUAUAUCCAUCUCCUCAAAUAUCGCCUAUUAUUGUGGAGCCAUACAAUGCUGUAUUGACGACUCACGCUUGCAUGAAUACCGAAGACGUUUGCUUUAUCUUCGACAAUGAAGCACUUUAUGAUGUUUUAGCCAGAUCAUUAGAUGUGCCAAGGCCUACUUAUACCAAUUUGAAUAGGCUCAUAGCUCAGGUGGUAUCUUGCAUGACCGCUUCCUUACGAUUUGAAGGUUCUCUGAACGUUGAGUUGGUGGAGUUCAGAACUAAUCUUAUACCGUACCCCAGAAUCCACUUCCCUUUGGUCACGUUUGCCCCAUUAGUACCUCCCAGCAGAGGUUUGCACGAGAGUAAUACCACUCAUCAGCUAUUGAUGUCUUGCUUCGAGCCUGCUAAUCAGAUGGUGAAGUGCGAUCCAAGACAAGGCAGCUACAUGUCGUGUUGUCUGUUGUUCAGAGGAGAUGUAAAUACCAACGAUAUCAAUUCGGCUAUCAAUCAAAUCAAACAAAUGAGGAGCAUCAAAUUCGUUUCAUGGUCUCCCACUGGAUUUAAGAUUGGUGUAAACAACCAACCACCACUUACAGUACCAGGUGGUGAUUUAGCUGCUUUAGAAAGAGCAUGCGUGAUGGUUUCAAACAACUCCGCAAUACGAAUUGCUUGGGAGCGAAUCAGCAGAAAGUUCUCGUUGAUGUAUGCUAAGCGGGCUUUCGUCCACCACUAUGUAGGGGAAGGAAUGGAGGAAGGAGAGUUCAAGAAUGCGUUGCAGAAUGUGAAAGCGUUGUCCAAUGAUUAUUUAGAAAUGGAUGGUUAAUUUUGUCAGUGUAUUGACAAUAAUCUUGCUUGAUGCACGUUGUGAAUAAUAUAACUUGUUGAAAUCAUGAAAUUAUGACAAAGUACUUAUGUUAUGACAAUAGAACAAAUAAAUAAUUUAUAUUGAA